ACUUUUCGUGUUCGCUUCCAAUUAUUAUCAUGUUCUUCCUUGCAAUCCUCACACUUAUUUCCACCUUUUUGAACCCAAUUUCUGGGUCAUGGGUGCGAAUCGUCAACGGUGAGGAGGCCCAUGAUGGUCAAUUUCCAUGGCAAGUGGCCAUCAUGGGUAAAUCUGCAGCAGUACCGCGUUAUUUGUGUGGUGGUGCUUUAAUAAGCGACCAAUGGGUUUUAACAGCCGGACAUUGCGUCGAUGGGGCAAUUUCGGCGGAAAUUUAUUCGGGAACGGCCCGACUUUCAUCGACUAAUAAAACGACAAGUGUUGCUGCGAAAUUUAUCCGACACGAACAGUUUGAUGGUACUUAUCUUAUCAAUGAUAUUGGGCUCAUCCAGCUAAAGGAAGCUGUGAUUUUCGAUGACAACACAAAAGCUAUAACUUUGGCAGAAACUGAACUAGAAGACAAUACGAAUGUUACAGUGAGCGGUUGGGGCCAAAUUAGUGAUUCCGACCCUAACCCCACCAGUGACGUUCUAAAUUACAUCACUAUUCCUACGAUCAGUAACGACGUGUGUAAAAUUUAUUAUGGUGGUACCAUUGUUGUGCCCAGUCUGGUGUGCACCAGUGGUGGCAACCCCAUCAAAACCCCCUGUUUGGGUGACAGUGGCGGCCCUGUUGUCACCAACCCUGAUACCAACCCCGUCCAUGUUGCCAUUUUCAGUUUUGUCAAUGGUUAUGGGUGCGAAAUGGACUAUCCAGCUGGAUACACACGCACAGCCUAUUACAGGGACUGGAUAAAGCAAAAAACUGGAAUUUGAAGCGACAUCAUUUCGCUUUCAACUAUUGAUUUUCGUUUAUUACAAUAAAUAGAUUUAUUUGA